AUGGAGCUGGGCAGGACAUUUGGGACAUUAUUCUCAGACAUCUCGUUCAGACAGAAGCUCCUAGAGACCAAGACCCAGGAGGAGUUUAAAGAAGCCCUGGUGUUCCAACGACACCAGCUCACAGCAGCCAAUCAGCAACCUGCUGCCGUGGAGGAGGAGGAAGAAGAGGAGGAGGAGACUGACCCACACUCCCACAAACCACUCAAGUGGAAAGACUUCUUCAGGCCCGGGCGGGGGAUUUAUGAAGACCUGUGUCGCAGACUGCCACUGUACUCUUCAGACUUUACAGAUGGUGUAGUAGGCAGUAAUAAGACUGUACUGAAGUACAUGACAACAGCUAUCUUCCUGUACAUUGCUAUCCUCCUCCCUGCAAUCGCUUUCGGCUCACUCAACGAUGAGAGAACGCGGGGCGAGAUUGAUGUCAGGAAGACCAUUAUCGGCCAAAGUAUAGGAGGGCUCAUCUAUUCUCUUUUCGCUGGGUCACCGUUGGUCAUCCCUCUGACCACAGCUCCUCUGGCCAUCUUCAUCAGUGUGAUCCGUGGUCUCUGUGACGACUAUGAUCUGGACUUUCCAGCGUUCUACGCCUGCAUCGGUCUCUGGAACUCCCUCUUCCUCAUCCUGGGAGGCAUCUUCAACGUCUCCCUGCUCAUGAAGCUGUUCAAAAGGUACUCUGUAUGGAUUGAAUAG